UGUUGAUAUUAAAUGCGUAAUUACCUUUUAGUCCUGUUACCGCCGAUCGAUCAUGUGAUCGUAUUUGCACCUAUAGGUUAAAUCAUUUAUUUUUAAAACUUUAAUUACGUUUACUUUGAUAGAAGUAAAUUAAGCCAAUCAUACGUGACAAUACCUAUUCGAUUUAGCUUUGUUAUUUAAUCGCACUUCCCACCGAUGACCACUACAUUACAGUCACAAAAGUUGUAUAAUUUAAGGUGUUAUCGUUAAAUUUUGUUUUGUUAAUAAAUUUAAAAAAAAUAUCAGCUAUAAAUUUUAUUGACUGUGCCUACUCAAUGACCAAAUGACUGCUCCAGAAGAAGAUAAUUCAUAUUCAAAGUUGCCUAUCGAGGAACGAUGUGUACAUAAAUUAUGGAAAGCCAGAAUAAGUGGUUAUGAAGAAGCUAUUAAAUUGUUCGGACAAUUGGAUGAAAAAGAUUGUGAAUGGAACAAAUUUACUGAGAUCAUUAAGAAGUUCGUUAUUGAUAGUAAUGCAAUUGCACAGGAGAAAGGUCUUGAAGCCACAUUGGUUUUUGUGGAAAACUGUGCUACUGCAGGGCGGACGGCUGGGGAUGUCAUGGUUGGAUUGAUAACAAAAUGUUAUGGUGCACCAAAAUUAAAAACUAAAGAUAUUGCUAUACAAAUAACAUUGAUGUUUAUUGAAAUCGAGAAGCAAGAUGUAGUAAUAGAAGAAUUAGUUAAAGGACUGGACCAUAAAUUUCCUAAAAUUGUUUCAACUUGUAUUAAAGCUGCAACUCAAGCCAUUAAACAAUACGGAUCAAAAGUUAUAAAUGUUAAACCAUUACUGAAAAAAUUACAAUUAAUACUUGAAGACAGGGAUAAAAGUGUUAGAGAUGAAGCAAAAUUGUUGACAAUUGAAAUUUAUUCUUGGAUUGGGCCUACACCUGUUAAAGCUCAUUUAUCAAAUUUAAAACCUUUACAAAUUCAAGAGUUGGAGAAUGAGUUUGAAAAAAUAAGUGGUGAUAAGCCACAGCCGACACGAUUUUUACAUUCACAGCAAAUGCAAGCUGCUAAAAUGGUUGAAGCGGAGGCUACUAAUGAAGGUGUGGUAUUUGAGGAAAGUACUGAUGAAGUUGAUGAUGAUGAAGAAAAUAUUGAACCGGUAAAUAUACUUUGCCAGCUUAGUAAAGAUUUUUAUGAAAAGCUUGAAGCAAAAAAAUGGCAAGAACGUAAAGAGGCAAUAGAUAUGCUAGAAGGAAUAUUAUCCAAAGCUUUAAAAAUAGAAAGUGGGGAAUACGGAGACUUAGUUAGAGCUUUAAAGAAAAUAAUUACAAAAGAUUCAAAUGUUGUAAUAGUUGGAAUUGCUGCCAAAUGUAUGGCUUUAUUAGCUAAUGGAUUAAAAAAACAAUUUGAAACUUAUGCUUCUACUUGUAUACCAGCAUUGCUAGAGAAGUUCAAGGAAAAAAAACAAAAUAUUGUUUUGCCACUAAGAGAUGCUGUGGAUGCAAUAUAUUUAAGUAUGACGCUAGAAUCUAUUCAUGAAGAUAUUUUAGCAGCAAUAGACAAUAAAAAUCCAUCAGUAAAAGCUGAAUCAAUUUCAUUUUUAACUCGAUGUUUCACAAAAUGUACACCAGCCAUUUUAAAUAAAAAAUUAUUGAAAAUUUUUAUUACAGCAUUAAUUAAAACAUUGAAUGAAUCAGAUCCAAUUGUUCGAGAUAAUUCUGCUGAAGCUCUUGGUACUGCGUGGAAAGUUGUAUCAGAAAAAAAUAUUGUUUCUUUCUUGACCAAUGUCGACGCUAUAAAACUUUCCAAAAUUAAAGAAGCUGCAGAAAAGGCUAUUAUUGUUGCAAAACAAUCGACUGCUGUAAAAGAAUCUUUUUCAAAACCUAAUUGUGUCGCAACCAAUAAUGUCGAGAAAAAAACAAUUGCAACUACUAAUAAAAAUACUGCUUUAAAAAAAAAUCCUUCAACUAUAAAUAUUAAAAUUGCAAAAAGUGGUCAAGCCAAAAACCCUUCUGGUGUUUGUAAAGCAUUAUCAUCAAAUGGUCAUCUUCCAAUUGAUAGUGAAAAAGAAAUCAGUGACGAUGAGUUGGAAAACUUAGCUUUAACAUUCUUGCCCCCUGAAAUUUUAAGUGGCAUGAUUGAUCCAAAUUGGAAAACUCGUUUAUCUAAAGUUCAAGAAUUUUCUCAAAUAAUUGAUGAAUUAGAGCCUUCAACAGUUAGCAGUCAAGUAUUAAUAAAACUGUUGGUCAAGAAACCGGGUAUUAAGGACAAUAAUGUACAAAUUCAAAAGUUAAGACUUGAAUGUUUGAAAAAAGUUAUUGAAAAGUUUUCUAUAACCAGUAACAUGGAAUAUUGUAUACAAGACGUUUCUUCACUAUUGGGUGAUACAAAAAAUGGUAGCUUAGCUAGUGAAUUAUUGACUGUCAUUGCUGAUGCAACUAAACUGGAUCUGGUCUCUAAUAUUGUUUUAAAAUAUGCAUUUAAUAUUCAAAAGAACCCAAAAGUUCAGAUUGAUGCCCUCAACUGGCUUUCAGGUGCAAUAUUAGAAUUUGGAUUUGACAUUACACCUAAAUAUGUAAUUGAGUAUGUAAAAAAAGGCAUCAUAGCUUCUAACCCGCAAGUAAGGGUGGCUGUUAUUUCUCUUUUGGGUGUUAUGUAUCUGUAUGUGGGACCUCAACUAAAUUUGUUUUUUGAAAAUGAAAAACCCACUUUACUGCAACAAUUAAAAGCAGAAUUUGAGAAGCGCCAAGAUGAAGUCCCUCCAAAACCAAUACGUGGAAAAAUGAUUAAAGGAUCUACUGAAUCAUCAAGUGAUGAUGAAAAGCCAGAUAAUGAAGUUAUUAUACGAGAUUUUGUUCCUAGAGUAGACAUUACACCUUUAAUUACCGAUACUCUGAUAAAUGAAUUGUCAGAUAGAGAUUGGAAAGUUCGUUCUAAUGCCUUAAUCAAAUUGAAAAACAUUAUAACCGAAGCUAAAUUCAUAACUAAUAAAUUGGGUGAAGUAAGGGAAGCUUUGCAAGAUAGGAUAAGUGAUUCAAAUGCUCGUCUUGGUUCAAAUGCCAUCAAUUUAGUGGAAUUAAUCACUAUAGCCAUGGGAUCAUCUUUCAAAGUAUAUAUAAAAGGUUAUUUACCUGGCAUAUUAAAUGCGCUAGGUGAUUCAAAGGUAUUCAAAAGUCAAAGUGCUCGUCAAUGUAUGAAUACUUUUGGAGAUAUAUGUGGUUAUCGAGAAUUUUUUGGAGGUGACAUACUCUUGGAUGCAUUUAAAAAUAAUUCAGUAACACUACGAUCAGAAUUAUGGACUUGGCUUGCGGAAAAAUUGCCUAUUAUUCCUAUGAAGUCAAUUCCAGCUGAUGAGUUCAAAUGUUUACUUCCUGUUUUAUACACAAGUUUUGAAGAUAAGAGCGCUAGUAUUCGUAGUGCCUCUGAAAAGGCUGUUUUAGGGUUUAUGAUGCAUUUAGGUUAUGCUUCUAUGUAUGGUGCUUGUGAAAAAUUAAAGCCUAUGUCAGUCAAGUUGUGUAGAGAGAAAUUGGACAAUGAAAGACCAAACUUACCAAUCGAAAAGCCUAAAGUUGUAAAAUCUUGUGUUCCUCCAAGUACUUUGGUUAAAUCAAAAAGUUCAAAAAAACUUACGUCUAAAUCUGUUACUAAAGCAAACAAGGAAAAUAUUAUUUCUCGUGCAAAUAUGGCCACUGGGAAAAAGAGAGAAGAAAUAGAUAAUAAAUCAUUGUUUCAACAUAACAACUUAAAACAUCAACGUGAUAUUGAUGAACAUAAAUUAAAAGCUUUAAAAUGGAAUUUUGUUACUCCACGAGAAGAAUUUGUUGAACAACUUCGAGAACAAAUGUUAACAGCAGGUAUUAAUAAGGUAUUAAUUACAAAUAUGUUUCAUUCAGAUUUCAGAUAUCAUCUCAAAGCAAUUGAGUCUCUCACAGAGGACUUUAAUACGGCAGAUGAUAAUUAUUUGCCAUUAAUUAGUAAUCUUGACUUAAUCUUGAAAUGGAUAACCUUAAGGUUUUUUGAUACUAAUCCGUCUGUACUUUUAAAAGGUCUUGAAUAUUUACAACACAUAUUUAAUAUUCUUGUAUCCCAAAAAUAUAUUCUUCACGAUACUGAAGCAUCUAGCUUUGUGCCAUAUUUAAUAAAAAAAUUAGGUGAUCCAAAAGACAUAGUAAGAAAUACUGUCAGAGCUAUAUUAAAACAAAUUGCAUUUGUAUUCCCAAAUUCAAAGAUAUUUCAAUAUAUUAUGGAAGGAAUAAAAUCAAAAAAUUCAAGACAGCGUUCAGAAUGUUUGGAACAUUUAACAUCCAUGGUAGAAGAUUAUGGUACUUCAGUUUUUCAACCUAGCGUUGCAGUGGCUUGUAAAGAAAUUGCUAAAAGCAUUGGAGAUAGGGACAAUUCUGUCCGUACAGCAGCACUCAAUUGUUUUGUUGCCGCAUUCUUUUUACACGGAGAAGCUCUUUUCAAUUUCGUUGGCCAUAUUUCCGAAAAAGAUAUGGGUCUUUUGAAGGAACGAUUAAAAAGAGCUUCAAAGAAUCGAGUUGUACCUGUUGCCACCAUCCAGCCAACUAUGAAAAUUGUUAUACCUCCUAUUCAACGCGUAUCUGACAUAGAGAAUGGUGUUAUUGAUAGUACCUCAGACAGCGAAGAAAAUAAUGCUAUAAUUAAUGUUUCACUAGAAUCUAAUCACGAACAAAAUCCCCAAGGAAAUGAAAACAAUUCACCUUAUAAUUCUGAAAAUACAUCUUUACGCAUAUCAGAAACUAUUUCUACUGCUAUAGAAUAUUUACCCACACCAGAAAUGGAAUCCAGAACAUCUAACAAUGAAAUCACUCACGAAACACGAGUGACCCGAACUCGUUUUGCUUUAGACGAAAAAUUUAUCCAGGAAUUGGAUUCAGAAGUGAUUGAAACACCUCAAUUAGUCUUAAAACCAUAUAACUGGACCUCAGAUGACAAUGAAAUAAACUUUGGAAAAAUAUUUCAAGAUAAAUCUGAAUGUUUAUUUCCUGAUGGAUCGUCAUCAAAACCAUGUCUAAAUGUGAACCCAUAUAGUACUGCAACUGUUAUAAAAUGUAAAAAUCCACCUGCUUUUAUUGAUCCUAUUACGCAAUUGAUAAAUCAAGUGACAUCGAUGGAUUUAGAAAUAUCAAAAGUUGCAUUAUCAAAGCUCAAUAAAAUGUUAAUGAUACCUGAUACAAGAUCGAAGUUUUUAGAAGAUGGAAAAGUUUUGUCACUUUUUCAUGGCAUCAUUAGACAGUUUGAUAUAUUAUUAGAAAAUAAUGACCCUGUCAAAUAUAAAAACAUAUUUAAUUUAUGUUUGAAUCUGUGUAAAUACCAAGAAUUCAUGUUCAUAUUAACCGAACAAAUUGUGCAUGACUUACUUUUAAAGCUAUUGUAUCUUUUAUCUAAGACUGAAUUGGAUGGUUUGCCAAACCCUGACAUGUUUUGGCAAUGUGCGAACAGUCUUAUUAUGAAAAUUCUUGAUAUGUGUGUCCAUACGACAGUUACAUGUGCUAUUUUGACUAUACUUCAUAACACAGUCAAAAAUCCUAAAAACUCAACAAAUUACUUUAAAGAUUUGGUACUGAAAUGUACAUGGAAAUGUAUUAAGGAUUUUGAAAAGUGGGGUGAUGACUUAUGUUAUGAGCUAGUAUUUGAACGUGUACACAAAUUGUUGGAAGAAACUGAUUCAAAAUAUAGGAAAAAAAAAGAAUCAUAUGAUAUUCCAAUGAAAACAUGUACAACUGUUUUAUAUACAAUGGUAAAAAUACGCAACGAUAAAGUAUUGGAGAGUUUGGCUAAUUUAAAAUUGCCUAAAGAUUCUAUAAUGGUUAAACAUAUACUCAAGAUGUUAAGGCAUUUGAAGAAUAAAUCAAAAAGAAAUAAUGGUAAAUACAAUACACCACAUGAUGAACUAGACGAUAUAUUCAAAUUAAUAGGGCAACACGAAAUGAUGGACGAAGCCGUACAACAGUUAUACAGAUUUAAAAUACAGUAUCCAGACAUAGACAUAGAGCCACAUAUUUCUAAGACGACAAAAUACUUUCAAGAUUGUAUUCAUCGUCGACUAGCAGCAAUCAAAAAUAAUUCAAAUCGUCGUUCAGUCGAAUAUCAUGGAAUCGAUGACAAUUCCAAGUCACUUUUAUCUCAGUCUGCUACUGUUAGCGAAGCCGAUGGAUUUAUGAAACGGUUGCAAACUUUAAAAAUGAAAGCAUCAGCAGCGGGUGGUGUGUUGGACAGAAAACGUAAUAAAAACAAUAUACUGAACCAAAAUAUUUAAUCUUGGCCAACGUUGUUUUUCCUUCAGAAUAAAGUUUAAUUCCAUUUAUAGUUAUUAGUUGGCAUUGUUCUCAAGCAAAUGAUUCAGUUUUAUCAAAUCUUAACACAUUAACACUGAAAACCCAUGGAAUAUGGACACUAUUAGUUUUUUUUAUUUUUUUAUACUUUUUUUGUCAUUAUUUCAUAUAAUUAUUAUUAUCAUUGAAUAUUAGCGUUAGAAUGUUUUGAGAAUGUGCCUUAUAUGUUCUGUGAAUGAAAAAUUUGAUUCUUGCCAACAAUAUGCAAUUUUAUUUUA